GCUCACAUCCCUCAGCAGUUGGGAUAUUAUGGCGACCCGGAGCCUCUCUUCCUCCUCCUUCUCCACUCUCUGAAACACCUGAAGUCUCUUCCCUCCCCUCCCCUCCCUCCUUCCUUCCUUCCUUGCUGGCUCUGAGCAGCCCCGACCCUCCUCCCCACCUUUCUCUCUCUCCUCCUCUUCCCACCCAUCCAGCAACAGCGACUCAAGAGCGUCCUCCAGUCCCUUUGGUGGUGGUGGUGGUGGUGGUGGGGGGGGUGGAAGAAGAAGGAGGAAAAAGGGAAAGGCAGCAAGAGCCGAAGAAAAGAAUCGCAGUGGCCGAGGUGAGGGUUGGACUUGAUCCACCACAGCGGCUGGAGGGAGAGCAGGGAAUGAGCCAGCACUUUACAAGCCGGCAGCUGUUACUGUAAAGAUGGCGGAUGUGGAGCUGAUGCACCAUUCACCUCAGACUGCUGGGGCAAGGCUAGGAUCACAGGAGAACACUGGAAUUAGCACCCUGGAACCUGGUCAGAAACCACCCCACUCACCCUCUGGCAAACUUGUCCCCAUCAAGGUCCACCUCCUGGAUGACACCCAGGAGGUAUAUGAGGUUCCGCUAAAGGCCCCCGGGAAGUAUCUGUUGGAUUUGAUCUGCCAAAACCUGAACCUAAUUGAGAGUGAUUACUUUGCACUGGAGUUUCUGGAUCAUCGAAAGGUUAUGGUGUGGUUGGACCUUUUGAAACCAAUUGUGAAACAAGUCAGAAGACCAAGGCAUGUUGUGAUGAGAUUCGUUGUGAAGUUCUUCCCACCUGACCAUGCACAGCUGCAAGAGGAGCUCACACGGUACCUCUUUGCUUUGCAAAUCAAGCAGGACCUGGCUUCAGGGAGGAUGACCUGUAAUGACUCCAGUGCGGCCCUCCUGGUGUCUCAUAUUGUCCAGUCGGAAAUUGGGGAUUUUGAUGAAGCGCUUAUCCGCGAGCACUUAGAGAAAAACAAGUACGUACCUCAGCAAGAAGCACUGGAGGAUAAGAUAGCGGAGUUUCAUCGCAGACAUGUUGGACACACACCUGCUGCUUCUGAUUACCAACUGCUGGAGAUCGCCAGACGAUUAGAAACGUAUGGAAUUCGGCAACAUUGUGCCAAGGACAGAGAGGGAACUAAGAUCAACCUGUCCGUGUCUCAUGCUGGCAUCAUAGUGUUCCAGGGUAACAACAAGAUCAACUCGUUCAAUUGGGCCAAGGUUCGCAAACUGAGUUUUAAGAGGAAACGAUUCCUUAUUAAGUUUCGUCCAGAGAUGAAUUCCUGUCAGGAUACCUUGGAGUUUUCUAUGGCCAGCCGUGAUUCCUGCAAGGCUUUCUGGAAGAUUUGCGUUGAGUAUCAUGCCUUCUUCCGACUGUUUGAGGAACCCAAACCAAAACCCAAGCCCAUUCUUUUCAGCCGCGGGUCUUCGUUCAGAUUUAGUGGAAGAACGCAGAAGCAACUCCUGGAUUAUGUUAAAGAAGGAGGUUACAAAAAGAUACAGUUUGAAAGGAAACAUAGUAAAAUGCGAUCCAUCCAAAGUUUGCCUGAACAGCCGACACUGGUGCCAAAACAAAGCGGGGAAAAGUCAGCGUCGACGGGAGCACCGUCUCCGAGCCAGAGGAAGGACCUCGGGGUUUCCCAGUCAUCUGCUGAGGACAGGGUUGAGCAAAAGAGCCCGUCACCAUCGAGCAGCCCAAAGAGGGACAGACAGGAGGAAACUGCGAGGGACAAAGUUCACCAGGCGAAGGCCCAAAGAGAGCCACAGAAUGCAGGUUCCCUGGUGUGCAGCCCCCAUGUGUCGGAGCUCUCGCUGAAUUCGCAAGUUGGCCCUGGUGUUCAGAACCUCUCCCUGUCUCCUCGCUUGAGCCCAGACGGCAAACAGCACUCGCCACUAAUGACUCCACUCUUGACAGAUGCUGCGUGCGUCAAGACUGACGACGAAGAAGAAAUGAGGAGAAAGCGGUUUCCGGCAGACAAAGCCUAUUUUAUCGCCAAAGAAGUGUCGACUACAGAACGAACCUACCUUAAGGAUCUUGAAGUCAUCACAUCGUGUUUUCAAAGUGCUGUGGCCAAAGAUGAUGUAAUGCCAGAACCACUGAAGACUUUGUUGUUCUCAAAUUUUAAUCCACUGUACAAGUUCCACACUGGCUUUCUGAAGGAGAUUGAGCAAAGACUUGCACUGUGGGAAGGAAGGUCGAAUGCUCAUAUUAAAGGCGAUUACCAAAGAAUUGGAGAUGUGAUGCUAAAAAAUUUGCGUAGUAUGAAGCAACUCACGCUCCAUCUGCAGAAGCACAGUGAGAUCCUGAUGGAGCUGGAGAAAGCUAUCCAGAACUCCCGGAGGCUGGAAGCAGUAUGCCGGGAGUUUGAGCAACAGAAAGUCUGCUACCUUCCGCUGAACAUAUUCUUCCUCAGGCCCCUGCACCGCCUGAUGCAUUACAAGCAGAUUCUGGAGAGGCUGUGCAAACACUACCCACCCACCCACGUGGACUUCAGAGACUCGAGAGCCGCGUUAGCAGAGGUGGCAGAAAUGGCAGCCCAGCUGCAUGGUACUAUGAUCAAAAUGGAGAACUUUCAGAAGCUCGUUGAGCUGAAGAGGGACUUGAUCGGGAUUGACAACCUGGUCAUUCCCGGAAGGGAGUUCAUUAGACAAGGAUGCCUCAGCAAGCUGUCUGCCAAGGGACUGCAACAACGAAUGUUCUUCCUGUUCAAUGACAUUCUCUUGUACACAAGUAGAGGAUUGACUGCAUCCAAUCAAUUCAAAGUUCAUGGGCAGAUUCCUUUGUAUGGUAUGACUAUUGAGGAAAGUGAAGAUGAGUGGUCACUCCCUCACUGUUUCACCCUCAAUGGACAACGUCAGUCCAUCAUCGUGGCUGCGAGUGCCCAAGUAGAGAUGGACAAGUGGAUAGAGGAUUUGCAGAUGGCUGUUGAUCUCGCGCAACAAUGCAAUGGGUCAACGAGUGAACUGAUGACUCCUAGCCCUAGUGAUGGACCCCCCAAAUCGCCCGAUGAAACGUCUGUAGAGCACGAAUCUGAAGAUGAUCUAAGUGCCUCAAGGACCUCUCUUGAGAGACAAUCACCUCAUCGUGGCAAUACCACAAUGCACGUUUGCUGGCACAGAAACACUAGUGUUUCAAUGGUGGAUUAUAGCAUUGCUGUGGAGAAUCAGCUGUCUGGAAACCUGCUGAGAAAGUUCAAAAACAGCAAUGGCUGGCAAAAACUUUGGGUGGUUUUUACCAAUUUCUGCCUCUUUUUCUACAAAUCGCACCAGGAUAAUCAUCCGCUAGCUAGCUUGCCAUUGCUGGGCUAUUCCGUCACCAUUCCUGCAGAGUCUGACAAUAUCCACAAGGACUAUGUCUUCAAGCUACAGUUCAAGUCACAUGUGUAUUUCUUCAGGGCUGAAAGUGAAUAUACGUUCGAAAGAUGGAUGGAAGUCAUAAGAAGUGCCACCAGUUCUGCCACACGUACUCGCCUAUUAAGCCGCAAGGAGUCUCACGCUUAUUGAUCACAAGGGGAAGAAGCCUCUUUUCACCACCUCCAGCUUCAGUUAUCACAUGGCAUUUCGGCUUGUUGACCGGAAUUCUUUAAAAAAAAUACACAUUUACGAGGACGCUGAAUACCUAAACCUAAAAAAAAAUAAACCCACGCCGAUACAGCAAUUCAAUCUAUUUUAGGAUUACCAAAACUGAAAUGUGCAUGUUGUUUUCUCUUCCUUGCCCCAUGAACCUCAGUUUAUUCCAGGAUGAGGGCAUAGUAUGUUCUGCCCACAGUUCAGAUGAGUUUGUACGCACUAUAUAUAUAUAUAUAAAAAAAAGCCCCACCAAUAUUGUGUAAAGUUUAGACCUGUACAGGAGAGUUUGAAAGAAUGCACCUCUAAUUCAGUUCUAGAAUUUCAAUGUCCCUCUCUUUGUCCAUGCGUUUUCCUGAAACACUAAUGCAAGCAUAAACUGUAUUCGGCAAAUUAAUCACUGGUAUGCAUUUUAAAGGAUUCGAUUGUAUUGUAGGCGGGCACUAAUGUUUUGAGCGGAAUACGUGAUCGACAAUUCUUUAGACCGAUAUGGUUUAGGUACUGAUUAAUACAGACUUUGACAAUCAA